GCUGCCAUCUUGAAGCAUCAUUUUUCUACAGCAGUCUCAAUGAAUAAAAAAAGCCAAAGCGUGGGUUCAGCACUUUGAUUCUGUGUCUGCCCACAUAAAUCUGACGCAUUUUAAAUAACAAGCAGCCUGGGUCACCACUUUUCAUGACGGGUAAAAGUGAACAGGUGAAUCUUCUGUUUGUUGCAGAGUCAUCCACCAAAUGUCACUUCAUUUUUCACAGUGGAUGUGUUUUCACAGGUUCUGCUGGUUUACGUUUCUAUUCACACCUAGGGAAUGUUUUUUUAUGUAUAUUUGUACUGAAAAUGAUAAUAUGUGAAAGCUUCUUGUUGUUGAUCCAUCAGGUAGAAACUGUGACAGACUCUGAGGCUGAGAGUAAAGGCCUCCCUCAGUUCCACUCCAUAGGAAUCCAGGUGGAGGCCCACAAACGGCACGGACGGUUCAAACGCUCCAACAGCGUGACCACCGCGGUGCAAGCAGACAUGGAGCUGGAGGGGUUCCCCUCCAUGGAAGACAAGGGUCUGCAGUUCGGAGGUGCCUUCGGGCGACACUCGGAGCCCAGCACGCCCACGCAGUACGGAGCCAUCCGUACGGUGCGCACGCAGGGCCUGUUCAGUUACAGGGAGGACUACAGGCCGUCCAGUGGACCCCCCAGCCCGCAGCCUGAACCCUGGCUGGUAGAACCAAGCCUGGAGAGUACUGAUACCGGCCGAAUGUCUCCUCUGCGAAGGGACGGCAGCUGGUUCAUGCAGCUGCUUCACAAUGAGACCAAGCGGCUGGAGGGAUGGUGCAAAGAGAUGGAGAGAGAGGCGGAGGAGCAUGACAUGUCAGAGGAGAUCCUGGGAAAAAUCCGGAGCGCCGUGGGCAGCGCUCAGCUCCUCAUGUCUCAAAAGUUCCAGCAGUUUUACUGGCUUUGUCAGCAGAAUAUGGACCCCAGUGCCAUGCCCAGACCCACAUCUCAGGACUUGGCUGGUUUCUGGGACCUCCUGCAGCUCUCCAUCGAUGACGUCACUGCCAAGUUUGACGAGCUGCAGCAGAUCAAGAGCAACCAGUGGCAGCUGGUGGAGAGUCCGGAGAAGAAGGAGCGGAAGUGGCCACCACCUCUGUCAAAGCGACCAGUCAAGGGACGUGGCGGCAUUACGCGGGAGCGCUCCCUGGACCUUCAGGACCGCCAGCGUCAGGAAGCCCGCAGACGACUCUUGGCUGCCAAACGAGCAGCAUCGUUCAGACAGAACUCAGCCACAGAGAGGGCAGACAGCAUCGAGAUCUACAUCCCCGAGGCCCAGACACGGCUUUGAGGUUCACUGACUCAUCCUCGGCCCCUAACGUCCAUUUUCCCUCCCUUCUUGUGUCCUCGUCCCUCAUCCCAUUUGUCUCUGCGUCUUCAUCUGUUGCCAUUCUCUGGGUCAGCGCUCAACGAAGCUACACUAGGCAAAGAUUCUCAGAAGAAAUUAAAGCAAAGGCCUUCUCACACAUGACAACGUGGCACUGCCAUGGGCACAGCUUCAGUUUCUUAAACUGUGGGAGAGAAACCAAAGUUGUCCCCAAAAACAGUCAAACCGGACACACCAGCAUAAAUAACUUCCUCCUCUCCCUCUGGUUACACAUCUAGUUUGUUAAAAGUGAUUUCUGUCCCGGUGGACGAGGUAAAGUUAUGGCCCACCUUAAAGAGCUGCUAAGUGGAAGUUCCCUAGCGUGGCUUUAAGUGCUCUACUAUGAGAAUGAGCUGCUAUAACUACUAUAAACACACUCACACAUGAAUACUACAAAGAUUUUAUGACUUUUUUGUGUCUUCAUUGUGAUAGAAUAUGGGAAAUUCUCCCUGAUGCCACAUUUAAAGGCAAAACACAAGGUGCAACAUUUCCUCACCAGCAACACUGGUCUUCAGGCUACAGCAAAACAUACACAGUUAUUUAUCUAAAAGAUUUAUCGUACGAAUCAUUUUCAAUUUAAAAAAAAUAAAAUAAAAAAUGAAUUCCCUUCUGUAGGAAAAAAAGAUGGUGGCGCUACUUACCAUUAGUUGUAAUAAGAUGGCUGCUUGGAUUCAUAGAGGGCGGAGAUGGUCUUCCUGUAUUGAGUCUGUGGCUCAUCUUCAGUUUCCCCAAAUCCAGAGCAUCCGACAGGAGUAAGGACCACCCUGUGGUCAAAGAGAGAAUUACGUUUCUUUUAAGAAUGUAUAACGAUUAAAAUGUUUAAUCGGAGUCAUCACACGGUGGCAGUGAAUUAAUCACAACUAAUAAGGAGGAUGAUAUUAGUUGUUGAAAAAUCAUCCUGAACAAUCCAGUUCAAUAUAUGACUAACAAAUAAUUUCAAAAAAAAAAAAUCAUCCUGGAAAACAGUACCAGUACUACAUCACUUAAAUCAAUGUUUGUGGUUUAAAUCUAACAAACAGAUUAGUUUUCUCACAUCUUUUUCUUUGUUUUGUUUUUUAGCCAGGUUUGCUGUAGCUGCCGACCAGUGUUAUUGAGUGAGCCUAAAAAAAAAACAGUGCUAAAAACUCUUCUACGACGACUGUAUUUCCACACGUCUUCACUCCCAUUCACACCACAGUCUACGUUCAUUUAGCUACAAAGGCUUUGCUGCUGGAUACAUUUCCACUGCAGAACAAAUAUGAAUUAUUACCAGACAAACUAUAACAUUUUGUGCAGCCUGGGAGAGGUGACUGUAUCACACAGUGCAUUUUGCACCUUAUAAUAUUCAUGUUUGUAUUUCCAAGGGAAAUGUAGUUUACGAAGCUCAUGUGAUUAUUGUUGCAGUUGAAUUGCAAGAACAGACGUGAGGGGGAAAAAAAAAAAUGGAACCACAGAAUUUCAUGUUCCUCUGUGGGUUCACACAUAAGAAACACAUGGACCUUAUGUUGUUUUCUCUUCUCUCUGAUGCCGUUCAGGCCAACAUUGUAAUUCUAACACUUUUAAUUCUACUUAUACACUCUAUACCACCAUCACAUCGACACAUUUACUAUCUAUAUUUCAGGCAGUUGUGGGACAACAGGAUUCACGACCUGCGUGAUGGUGUCGUGCCACACACUGCAUCCAAACUUUUGUUCCAAGUGGAAAAUAACGACCAACCACUUGUUUCUAUUUCCGUCUGCUCAUGUUAGUCUAGGAAAGACAGGUGCAAAUGACACUUUAACAAUAUUCAGUUACUAUAGUCAAUGGUGCUGCUUUUUACUCUGAAAACUGUUGUCCUUUACCCAGUCCUAUGUGCACGCACACACACAGUCACACACACACACAAACCACACACACAUUCACUCACUCAAGGACUUUUUAAACAGAGAUUUAUUAUUAUGGUGCCCAUCUUCUCUCCAAUGACUUGUGAUGGAAUUGUGACUUUAGAAAAGAUCAUCUUUGCAACGCUCUGGAGCCUCGGUGAUAAAAAUAAGGAGAAAAGUUUUUUUUUUAAUUGAAUACAUCUUUUUCUUUUUGUUUGCUGGGAUGGAUUUCAAAUCUGACAUUCCAGUGACCAGUGCCGGCUCUAAUUAAUCUACUGCCUUUGGCAUGAUUAUAGUUGGUUCCCCUGCUUAUACUGUAGUGACUUUCACUGCAAAUGAACGUGCACUCACACAAAAAUUAAAUCUUACCAAUAAUUAAUUCUCAUUUUCUGUUAUUAAAAGUCACAGAAAUAUAAAAUUAAUUAAUUCAUGUAAAAAAAAAUUAAAGAAAAAAUAAAUAGCCUAUAAAAAAUGUACAGGAUGAGCACUUGGUGGUGCUAAAGAGGAGAUCUGUGUAGAACAUAAAAAAACUCCUUUUCAAAAAUAGUCCCAAUGAAUGAAGGAACUCAGUAUUUCAAUUGAAGGUCAUUCUAAAAACUAAUUCUGUUCUCACUAACAGACCAGUUAUACAUGCCUCACAUCACAUAAGCUUGCAGCCUGCAAAAUGUGGCUCACUGACUAGACAAGGGAUACCAACUGAGGGCCACUAGUCCAUACCAUCUAUGUCACAACCUUGCUUUAACACUGACCCUCACUCUCAAAUCUGACUUGCCUCAUGCAAAACCAGAGGCAAAAUGCUGCCCCCAGUCUAUGAGACUGGGUCCUAUUUUAUACCCCAAAGGGAGAGAACACACUGCCAUUCAUCCUCAUUUGUCAGUUUAAGUCCAGAUAAUUAAAACUAAUGUCGAUGCAGGGCCAGUAGGCGGACGCUGCAGUGCAGGCUUUAAUGUUCCCCAUAAUUACAGCAGCACUCAGGAGAACUGUGGAGAAGAAGGAGCAGAGGGAGGUUUUACUGUACGAAACAAAAAAAGUCUGAAACCCUGACCUGAAACUCAACUCUACCCAAAACUCAUGAAAAAAAAAUUAUUACAUCCAAGGACUUGUUUCUCAAAUCCCAUGUAUUAUGGUCUAAGAUCAAACCACAGACAAAGAUCAAAAUGUCUGACACAACACAACUCCCAGAUUAAAAAAAAACCUUCUUAAGCCACAUAAAAUUAAUCAAACAAUUUAGAAACAAUUUUCUUUGUUCUUCCACUAUUAUAACUAUAAUAUCAAUUUUAAAACGAACAGGUCUGGAAAAGUGGCUCCACAGUGACACCAAGUGGUACACACAGAAAACAGAUGGUUCAAGUUUCAGGUCAGCUUUAAUUUUAAAUAAUGCCGUGUUAUAUUAAAAAAUGCAAAUCUUCAUCGGUAAUAUUUUAUUUUUUAAACAUAGCACCACGUUUUUAAUGUUUGACCCUCGACUGUGUCCUUGUCUCAAUGCAACAAUGGUUUAUAAUUAUAGUUCUGGUCCAACAGCGCCAUACUGUGGUCAACAACGAAAAUGCAUCCUGAAGCACUAGAGCAGUCACAUCAGACAGUGACCUGUGUUAAAUACUAUUUAUAUAACUAUAUACCAACAUCACUAUAAUAACUGUAUAAAAAUAUAUUUUAUGAAAUAUCUUUAUAAAAGUAUUAAGAGAGGAGAAUUUUUAACUAUACAAUAAAGAAUAUACAUUUUUGAGUACAUCAAUUAAGGUAAUAUUUUUGCUGUAUUUAACUCUAUGUAAGUUAGGGCAAAGGUCACUGACCUUUUUUGACCAAGCCCUGGAAAUAUCAAGAAUCAAGUUAAAAUAAUUUGUCAAAAUAAAACAUAUUUUACACUGAUUAUCAAAUAAAUGCAAAAAAUAUAAUAGUGUUAUUUAUUCUGGCUCUGAAGCCCAGUACUGACUGACCCAUGGUCCAAUACAGGUUUGGGACCAGGUGACUGGGAACUUCCACUCUUGAGAUUGAAAAUGUGAAAUGUUCUCCUUUGAUUCAUAUGACUGUGUAAUUAUAGACCUUCAUUUAAACUCAGUUAAUUAGUUCUGUACUUCAAUUAAAGCCACUGUUUCUUCAUUAUCAUUUUAAUUACACCACAUUAUUUAAAGAUGAGUCUUUUCACUUUGUUGCAAUUAAAAUAACGGAGGGAAAUAUUUCUCUCCAGUUGCAGUUAAAUGGAGUUUAAUAAGAGUUUUUUUUUAAUCUGUUCAGAAACAUGAAGACAGGUCACAUUAGACCUUUGACCUUUUCUUUACUCAAAUAUCUUAAUCUCUCCAUGUCACGGUGUCAUUGUUAGAGUAAAUGAUGUCACUGCCAAAGGUAAAACAGACUUUUUAAACAAUGUCAAUGAUCUUCCAUCUGAAUGAAAGUCAUUCAGAUCAAGUCGACUUCCCACAGACUGUAAAACUGUGAUUCCAUCGACAGUAUGAUGAUGAUGAUCAUCAUCAUCAUCAUCAUCAUCAUCAUCAUCAUCAUCAUCAUCAUCAUCAUCAUCAUCAUCAUCAUCACAGUGGAGGUGUUUGUCCAUUUGUGCAGCAUCUAGUUGAAACAUCAUUCUGACUGAGAAUUUCCCUGCAGGCUGUUUGAUUCUUUGAUGAACGUAAACGUUCACACACUGUUGUGGAGGUUCAGACUAAAAACAGGAGGACAGAAUGUUAAAAACCUCAGUUAACCCCGUGACCCCUCACUGAGGCUGGAUUGAAGACGUCUUUAAAGAGUCGCAGAUCAUCAUGCUGCUGCCAAUUGGUUGCUGGUUGCUGUAGUUGCGUUGUUUGUUGUACAUUUCUCUCAUUUUUUUAUUUUUUUAUCUUUAGGUUAAAGUUUUCCGUUCCAUCUGCUCAUUUUUCUCUUGUUUUGACAUUUUUGUCUGGCCGUGCCACACGGGGGCUUCAUCGUCAACUAUGUACAUGACAAAUCCUCAGGUGCCUUACAGUGGGUUUUACAGUAGGUACAUUAGGAUUCCGCUGUUUUUGGAUCAUGGUUGUAGAAGUACUGCAACACACAUCUGUACUGGGCGAGUUUGUCUGGAACAUUAGUACAAAGGGCUGGAAGCAGGGACUGUGGAAGGUUUGAAAACACACAGACUCAAAUGUUUUCACAGUUUAAAACCGCAGCACAAGGAGAAUCCGUCUGUAAAAUAUUCAGGAAGGAUUCGAUUUUCAGCAGCGUGUUACAAAACAUCAGUUCAUCUCUGCAGAUUUCCCUUCUUUUCUUUGAUGCUGUGCCAUAAAAUCAUAAUAGUGUUUUAAUAACACGUAGGGCUCCGUUAUUCAGCGUUUACCUCACAGUCAAGCGUUAUAAAAACAGUGAUAUACUGUAUUAGGAGUCAUUUUCACAGGAAGUCCUUGUCAUGACUGUGUGCUACACAGUGGGACUUCAGCUGCACAUUAAAAACCAUAAUAACACCACAGUUAAAGCACCACGUCCAUCAUACGUUACAGUCAUAGACUGUACCUAACUGAAAUGAUAGGUUUUAAUAAUUUCUUCUUUGAAAAGAUUCAGCUUCAGCACCGAGAUUUCUUUGCCACAUGGCUAAUUCCAUUUCUUGUAUACAGUCAGUUUUCACAGCACCACAACGUAAGUGCAGUUUGAUAAAACCAAACACAAAGUGAGGUUUAAAAAAACCCCAUAUAUGUGUACAUAUAGGGCUACGAACGUUGAGUAAUACCAUUAAAAAAAACUAUUUUAUUAUGUACAGGUACAGGUGCUGGAUUUUACUGGUCCUCAUCAUGUAUUUUGUUCUAUUUACAUUUCUAGACUCCACGUGACAAUCAGCAAACACACAUACAAUGUGUUUUGUGAGAACAUCCCAACAUUAUCUAUUUCAAAAUAUAUACCUCAUCCAAGUCCAAACUCUAAUCUGACCCAAAACACCGUCACUCAUUCAGAACCUGCAAAAUGUCCCCACAAGGACAAGUGUCUCCACAGUAAUAGUACUCUCUCUCACACACACACACACACACAACAACAACCAAUAUAAAAGAAGAUAAUUUUGCCAUGUAUUAUUGGAUUUCUUUUUAACAUAAAUAGUCUGUCUGGAUUAUGCUGCCCUCAUGUGGAUACAUCUGAUACAACAGGGUUUCAUUUCAAUUCUAAUUUUGCAAACUGGGCAUAAUGUCACACACACAUACAGUUUGAGUCAGAGCAGGUCAGGGUGAUGCCACUGGGUGCCCACCACUGGUGACCUGUUAAAUAUUUUUGACAUCAAAAUCUCAAAUUUUUAGUUUACACAACAUUUUACAAACACUACACACAGAUACACACACGACAAGGGGCUGUUAACAUACAACUCUGUUAACCUUUCACUGAAAACUUUUCUCCUUGUUUAUGACACGGUUGCGCUGCAAAGAUGUCUUUUUACUGUUGGCUCUCUCUUCUCAUAAAUGUGAUGCUGUGAGGUUGACAUUACGCCCUGCAGGUCAUGUGACCUCAGGGCGAGUGAAUCUGUUCUACUGGCAAUAACUUUAAUUUAAUUUACAUUCAAGUUGGCUUUAAUCCUCACUUUCCAAAAUGCUAAUAUUGAGCCAAUGAUACCUCUAACAAUUACUGCUAACUAAGAGUUAGCCCAACAACAGCUAAAAAAGAGCCAAUACCACAUAAAACAACAAGAGAACACUAACAGUUAGCCACACAAUUGCUAAAAGGGAGACAAAAAUACCUGUAACAACAAAAUAUAUCUAUUCAUUAGCUGCAAAAUUCUCACAGAUGAGACCUCAAAAUUGCCAACAAUAUCUACAGUUGCCAAAGUUAACUAGAAACCACCCCAAAACUUCCAUGUCUCGUCCACAUCCUAUAUUUAAUUUAAAAGUACACGUUUCUGUUUCAUCAGCUGCUCCUGUUCUUCAUGUGUGCACUCAAUUUAUGAGGAGAGAGAAAAGUCACAAUUGAGUUUUUCUUUGCUGGAGAAAUGUUGUUGUGUUGUGACUGUGGGCAGAAAAACAACUAAGAGUCUGUCCUUGGUUUUUGGAAUGUGAGAAAAGAAAAAGGAAAAAAAAACUUUGAUAUUAUAAAAAAAGGUUUGUGGUUAUCUUAAAACUAUUUUGAAAUGUUAGAUAUAUGAAUAAUGAGGAAAAAUAUAAAUGCCAAAUAUUCCGUAUUUGUACAGAAAUAUACAUAUAUAAAUAUAUAUAUACAAAUAUAUAUAUAUAUAAUAUUUGCCUCAUUAAAUGGGACUAUUUUCUGCUCUUUGUUUGGAUUUGUUCCACCUUCCUUUGUCCACAUUCUUUUCAAAGAGAAUUCAGAAUAGCAUGCAGGAUAGUGAAAAUGAAUGUAUUCUUUAGUGUUUCAUUGCUGCUCAGUAUUACAGCAGACAUUCUGCAGAACUAUUUGUGUUUAUAGGGUUGAUUUCACACCGAUAUUUCAUUUUACAACUUCUCUUCACUUACAAAUCAAUUGUAAACUUCCUUUGUUUCCUUUUUUUUUCAAAAUGAAGGUUUUUGACAUGGUUUCACAACUUUAUACCAUUUUAAUUUUUAAAAAAGUUUUAUUCCUCUGCUUUAUUAAUGUGGUUGGGUAUAUUUGCCUCCUCUGGAUACAGCUAUUUACCAUAUGUUGUAAAUAAUUAUGCAAAUUAAACUUUUUGAAGAAAA